AUGUCCGACCAGGCGCUCGCGCUCUACGUCCCCUCAUCCGCCUUCCCCUCCUACGCCCGCCGCUUCCGCGCGUUCCUCCUCCCGCGGCUCUCCCGGGAGUCCGCGGCGCACCUCCUCUCGCUCCCUGCGGAGGACGCGCACGAGCUCCUCCUCCCGGCCUUCGCGGAGUUCUGCGUCUCCAACUUCGCGGACGAGCUGAGGCAGCACAGGUCGGUCAUGGCCGCGGCCGACCUCACGGCGCCGCACACCUGGUACCCCUUCGCGCGCGCCAUGCGCCGCCGUAUCGUGUACCACUGCGGGCCUACCAACAGCGGCAAGACGCACAACGCGCUCACCCGCUUCGCCGCAGCCAAGUCUGGGGUCUACUGCAGCCCGCUCCGUCUCCUCGCCAUGGAGAUCUUCGACAAGGUUAAUGCCCUCGGUGUCUACUGCAGCCUGCGCACUGGACAGGAGGUUAAGGAAGUGCCUUUCGCCAACCAUGUCGCCUGUACCAUUGAAAUGGUGUCCAAUGAGGAGCUCUAUGAAGUCGCCGUGGUUGAUGAGAUACAGAUGAUGGCUGACCAUGUCAGGGGGCUUUGCAUGGACGCUGCUGUGCUUGGGCUCAAGGCAGAUGAGAUACACCUCUGUGGUGACCCUAGCGUGCUCAAGCUUGUCCGGAAGAUUUGUGCAGAUACUGGGGAUGAUUUGGUGGUGCAUCAAUAUGAGCGAUUCAAGCCUCUUGUUGUUGAGGCAAAGACGCUUCUUGGGGACCUCAAGAAUAUCCGCUCUGGUGACUGCGUUGUUGCUUUCUCACGCAAGGAGAUAUUCGAGGUGAAGCUGGCAAUUGAGAAGUUUACAAAGCACAAGUGUUGUGUUAUUUACGGAGCUCUGCCACCAGAGACACGGCGACAACAAGCAAAGCUGUUCAAUGAGCAGGAUAAUGAGUAUGAUGUGCUUGUAGCCAGUGAUGCAGUCGGUAUGGGGCUGAACCUUAACAUUAGGAGGGUUGUGUUCUAUAGCUUGGCCAAAUACAAUGGGGAAAGAAUGGUACCAGUUCCUGCUUCACAGGUAAAGCAGAUUGCUGGUCGUGCUGGUCGGAGGGGCAGUGUUUACCCAGAUGGACUCACAACAACUUUCUUGAAGGAUGAUUUAGAUUAUUUGAUUCAGUGCCUGCAGCAGCCAUUUGAGGAGGCACAGAAAGUUGGUCUUUUUCCUUGCUUUGAGCAAGUGGAAAAGUUUGUCAGCCAAUUCCCUGACCUUGCUUUCAAUGAUCUGUUGGAUAAAUUCCGUGACACUUGCCGCAUGGAUAAGACAUACUUCAUGUGCCAGCAGGACGGUAUCAAGAAGGUUGCUAAUAUGCUUGAGAGGGUGCAGGGGCUAUCCCUCAAGGAUCGCUACAAUUUUUGCUUUGCUCCAGUAAAUAUAAGGGAUCCAAAAGCCAUGUACCAUCUUCUAAGAUUUGCCACUAACUAUUGCCAAAGCCGUCGUGUUAGCAUCGCAAUGGGAGUGCCAAGGGGUUCUGCAAGAAAUGACGCUGAGCUUCUGGACCUUGAGACAAAACAUCAGGUCCUAUCAAUGUAUCUAUGGUUGUCACAUCAUUUUGAGGAAGAUAACUUCCCUCAUGUGGAGCAAGCUGAGAACAUGGCAAUAAAUAUUGCUGAUUUACUUGGCAAGUCACUUGCGAAAGCAUGCUGGAAGCCUGAAUCAAGACAGCAAGCUAGGGGGCGACGAGAAGACAAGGAUGAGUACAAGGAGGAACAGGCAUCAAAUGACAGUGCAAAAGAUGUUUCUACAGAUGGUUAUGAACGGCCAAGAGCCCUUGCUAAAACAAUCAUAAGGUAUCCAACCCAUCCUAACCCCUAA